GAGACGCACGUUUGCUUGCGUGAAAAUCGGGAUCACGAGUAUUGGCUGUGACACUGAGAGAUCUAUUUUCGUCCCAAUCACGAUUAAGAGAUUUUCCUUCAGUUGUUCUCCUUUUGUCUCACAGACCGCUUGGUGUGUUUUUCUUUCGUGUGUGCACCCCUUGAGAGUCUCUCGAGCACCCACACCACCUGCAAUCUCAUCAAGGUUGUGCUAUUGUACCGUCUGGAGAUCAACCCAUUACCCUUGCCGUUGUUGUAGCAACUCAAUCCCACCACCAACAACAACAAAAACUCACCGCAGCAGCAAUGAAUGUGUGGCGGUUGCAGGAAAUAGCGCGUCAGUCGCCUUUCAAGACACCCUUCUCAACGGCAAACUGCGAACCCGCAAAAGCCGUUGCUGAGGGUGAUUCAUGUGAAUUCGGGUCAGCUCACUACUUUGCACUAUGCGGCCUGGGUGGUGUAAUCUCAUGCGGACUCACGCACACCAUGGUUGUACCGUUGGAUCUUGUCAAGUGCCGCAUUCAGGUGGAUCCCGUCAAGUACAAAUCCGUCUUUCAAGGCUUCAAAGUUACCCUAGCUGAGGAUGGUAUUACUGGUUUAUCCAGAGGUUGGGCACCAACCUUCUUUGGCUACUCCAUGCAGGGUCUCUGCAAGUUUGGCCUCUACGAGGUCUUCAAGGUCUUCUACUCCAACAUCCUCGGUGAGGAAAACUCCUACCUAUGGCGUACAACACUGUACUUGGCUGCAUCAGCAUCAGCUGAAUUCUUCGCUGAUAUUGCCCUGUCCCCAAUGGAAGCAGCCAAGGUGCGCAUCCAAACAAUGCCUGGCUAUGCAAAUACCCUACGUGAGGCACUGCCAAAAAUGAUGAAAGACGAAGGUAUGACUGCCUUCUACAAAGGUCUCGUCCCACUGUGGAUGCGACAGAUCCCCUACACCAUGAUGAAGUUUGCCUGCUUCGAGCGUACCCUUGAACUUCUCUACAAGUACGUUGUGCCCAAACCCCGUGCUGACUGCACAAAGGGUGAACAGCUAAUUGUUACAUUUGCUGCUGGUUACAUUGCUGGUGUCUUCUGUGCCAUUGUGAGUCAUCCUGCGGACACAGUUGUGUCGAAAUUGAAUCAAGAGAAGGGUGCAACAGCCGUUGAUGUAGCCAAGAAGUUAGGAUUUGCAGGACUGUGGAAGGGUCUUAUGCCUAGGAUUGUUAUGAUUGGUACCCUAACAGCUGCUCAGUGGUUCAUCUAUGAUGCUGUUAAAGUUUGGCUGAGGAUGCCACGUCCACCACCACCAGAAAUGCCAGAAUCUCUCAAGAAGAAGUUGGCAGGCAAACAAGCUUAGAAACAUUUGAUUAUUUAAUACGAAAAUAUUAUCCAAAAAAAUCAAAGUUUAUGGAAAUAUUGUAAAUAAUAAAAUAUCGAUAAAACAUA